AUGAGUUACGCGGACUUACUUUCAGCGCCAACGAGUGGUGGUCUUCCACUAUCCCAACCACUGGCAAGCCAUCCUGGUCCUGGACAACUGCAAAGUUACCAGAGUGCAGCAGCAGCUAUGCCGCCACAUAUGCAACACAUGCAAAUUGGACAACCGCAGAAUGUAUUGGCAUCGAAUCAGCAACAACAACAACAACAGAUGGUGCAAAUGCAACAGCAGCAGCUCCAACCACACCAAUUCCAGUCUCAUGGAAAAGGUGGUGGAGUGCAAGCAGGCACACAGAUGCACAUGAUGAGUGGUGUAGCAACAACAGUACCACCACAGACUCAUCCGAUGUCACAAGUUCAACAGCAGCAGCAACCGGCACCACAUCAACAACAGCAGCAGCAGCAGCCAGGCAUGCGCAUGAAUAUGCCAUCACAAAUGGGUACCAUGCAAAGGCCAGCAGCACCAACAGGAAUGGUAGCGGCACAUAUGCAACAGCCAAUGAAUCCCCCGCCAUAUGGGCGUGGUGGAGCACAAGGAGCCUACGGGAUGUCCGGAGCAGCAGCACCCUCAUCUACAUAUGGCGGCGCUCCCACUGGACAACCAAUAAUGAUUGGACAGACAAUGCAGCAAAACACACAACCGCAACCUGUGAUGCAGCAAGGAGUACAAAAUUUGCGUUGUAAGUUUUAA